GGCAGAUCUGGGCUUUAUUAUUUUAGCACCACGGCGGCAGGAGGUUUUCGGCUAAGUUGGAGGUCCUAGCCACGACUGCAUGCCCGCUCUGGCCAGGUGAUCCUCCGCUGGGACCCCGGGGCUCUGCGACACAAGGAGUCUGCAUGUCUCAGUGGUAGACAUGCUCAGCUUUGUGGACAUGCGGACUCUGUUGCUGCUCGCAGUCACUUCGUGCCUAGCAACAUGCCAAUCUUUACAAACGGAAACUGCAAGAAAGGGGCCGACUGGAGAUAGAGGACCUCGUGGAGACAGGGGUCCAGCAGGCCCACCAGGCAGAGAUGGAGAAGAUGGAAUCCCAGGCCCUCCUGGUCCACCUGGCCCUCCUGGCCCCCCUGGUCUUGGCGGGAACUUUGCUGCCCAAUACGAUGGAAAGGGUGUUGGACUCGGCCCCGGACCAAUGGGUUUAAUGGGACCUAGAGGCCCUCCAGGUGCAAACGGACCCCCUGGCCCUCCGGGUUUCAAUGGACCUGCCGGUGAGCCGGGUGAGCCUGGACAAACUGGUCCUGCCGGUUCUCGUGGUCCAGCUGGCCCUCCUGGCAAGGCUGGUGAAGAUGGUCACCCUGGAAAGCCUGGACGGUCUGGUGAGAGAGGUGUUGUUGGACCACAGGGUGCUCGUGGCUUCCCUGGGACCCCCGGCCUGCCUGGCUUCAAGGGCAUUCGGGGACACAACGGUCUGGAUGGAUUGAAGGGACAGCCCGGUGCUGCAGGUGUAAAGGGUGAACCUGGUGCUCCUGGUGAAAAUGGGACUCCCGGUCAAACAGGAGCCCGUGGGCUUCCUGGCGAGAGAGGACGUGUUGGUGGCUCUGGCCCAGCUGGUGCCCGUGGAAGUGAUGGGAGCGUGGGUCCUGUGGGCCCUGCUGGUCCCCUUGGUUCUGCUGGCCCCCCAGGCUUCCCUGGUGCCCCCGGUCCUAAGGGCGAACUUGGUCCUGUUGGUAACCCUGGCCCCUCCGGUCCUGCGGGUCCUCGCGGUGAAGUGGGUCUCCCCGGCGUUUCUGGCCCGGUCGGACCGCCUGGCAACCCUGGAGCCAACGGCCUGGCUGGUGCCAAGGGUGCUGCUGGCCUGCCUGGGGUCGCCGGGGCGCCCGGCCUCCCUGGACCCCGCGGUAUUCCUGGCCCCGCUGGUUCUGCCGGUGCUACUGGUGCCAGAGGACUCGUGGGUGAGCCUGGUCCCGCCGGUUCCAAAGGAGAGAGUGGCAGCAAGGGUGAACCUGGCUCUGCUGGUCCUCAAGGGCCUGCUGGUCCCAGUGGUGAAGAAGGAAAGAGAGGGCCCAAUGGUGAACCGGGCUCUGCUGGCCCUGCAGGGCCUCCUGGGCUAAGGGGCAGCCCUGGUUCUCGUGGGCUUCCUGGAGCUGACGGCAGAGCUGGUGUCAUGGGCCCUCCUGGGAACCGUGGUGCAAGUGGCCCUGCUGGUAGCCGAGGUCCCAGCGGAGAUUCUGGUCGCCCUGGAGAGCCUGGUCUCAUGGGACCCCGAGGUCUUCCUGGUUCCCCUGGAAAUGUUGGCCCAGCUGGUAAAGAAGGACUUGGUGGUCUCCCCGGUAUUGAUGGCAGGCCUGGCCCAACUGGCCCUGCUGGAGCAAGAGGAGAGCCUGGUAACAUCGGAUUCCCCGGACCCAAAGGCCCCACUGGGGAUGCUGGCAAACCUGGCGAUAAAGGGCAUGCUGGUCUUGCUGGCCCUCGGGGUGCCCCAGGUCCUGAUGGAAACAAUGGUGCUCAGGGACCUCCCGGACCACAAGGUGUCCAAGGUGGAAAGGGUGAGCAGGGUCCUGCUGGUCCCCCAGGAUUUCAGGGUCUGCCUGGCCCCGCAGGUCCAACCGGUGAAGUAGGCAAACCAGGAGAAAGGGGUCUCCAUGGUGAAUUUGGCCUCCCUGGUCCUGCUGGCCCAAGAGGAGAGCGUGGUCCCCCGGGACAGAGUGGGGCUGCCGGUCCUACUGGCUCUAUUGGAAGCCGUGGUCCUUCUGGACCCCCAGGCCCUGAUGGAAACAAGGGUGAACCCGGUGUAGUCGGUGCUCCAGGCACUGCCGGCGCGUCUGGCCCUGGUGGACUCCCUGGAGAAAGGGGUGCUGCAGGCGUACCUGGAGGAAAGGGGGAAAAGGGUGAAACUGGUCUCAGGGGUGAAAUUGGUAACACUGGCAGAGAUGGUGCUCGUGGUGCUCCUGGUGCUGUAGGUGCCCCAGGUCCUGCUGGAGCCACCGGAGAUCGGGGUGAAGCUGGUGCUGCUGGUCCUGCUGGUCCUGCUGGCCCUCGUGGUAGCCCUGGUGAACGUGGUGAAGUUGGUCCUGCUGGUCCCAAUGGAUUUGCCGGUCCUGCUGGUGCUGCUGGUCAAGCGGGUCCUAAGGGAGAGAGAGGAACCAAAGGGCCAAAGGGUGAAAAUGGUGCUGUAGGCCCCACUGGCCCCAUCGGCUCUGCUGGCCCAUCUGGUCCAAAUGGCCCCCCUGGUCCUGCUGGAAGUCGUGGUGAUGGUGGCCCCCCUGGUAUGACCGGUUUCCCUGGUGCUGCUGGCAGGACUGGUCCUCCUGGACCUUCUGGUAUUACUGGCCCUCCUGGACCCCCGGGUGCUGCUGGUAAAGAAGGUCUUCGGGGGCCUCGUGGCGACCAAGGUCCAGUUGGCCGAACUGGAGAAACAGGUGCAUCUGGCCCCACUGGCUUUACUGGUGAGAAAGGUCCCUCUGGAGAGCCUGGUACUGCUGGACCUCCUGGCACCCCAGGACCUCAGGGUAUUCUCGGUCCUCCUGGUAUCCUGGGUCUCCCAGGCUCUCGAGGUGAACGUGGUCUACCAGGUGUUGCUGGAUCCUUGGGUGAACCUGGUCCUCUCGGUAUCUCUGGCCCUCCUGGUGCCCGAGGUCCUCCUGGUGCUGUGGGUAACCCUGGUGUCAAUGGUGCUCCUGGUGAAGCCGGUCGUGAUGGCAACCCCGGCAGUGACGGUCCCCCAGGCCGUGAUGGUCUCCCUGGACACAAGGGAGAGCGUGGUUACCCUGGCAAUGCUGGCCCCGUUGGCAACGCAGGUGCUCCUGGUCCUCACGGUUCCGUGGGCCCCGCUGGCAAAUAUGGAAACCGUGGUGAACCUGGCCCUGCUGGUUCUGUCGGUCCUGUCGGGGCUGUUGGUCCAAGAGGUCCGAGUGGCCCACAAGGUCCUCGCGGCGACAAGGGAGAGGCUGGUGAAAAGGGGCCCAGGGGUCUUACUGGUUUUAAGGGGCACAAUGGAUUGCAGGGUCUGCCCGGUCUGGCGGGUCAACAUGGUGAUCAAGGCUCUCCUGGCACCGUGGGUCCUGCUGGUCCUCGGGGCCCUGCUGGCCCCUCUGGCCCUGCUGGCAAAGAUGGUCGCAGUGGACAUCCCGGUGCGGUUGGGCCUGCUGGUGUCCGAGGGUCUCAAGGUAGCCAAGGUCCAAGUGGUCCUCCCGGUCCCCCUGGUCCUCCUGGACCACCUGGUGUAAGCGGCGGCGGCUAUGACUUUGGUUAUGACGGAGACUUCUACCGGGCCGACCAGCCUCGCUCACAGCCUUCUCUCAGAGCCAAGGACCAUGAAGUUGACGCUACUCUGAAAUCCCUCAACAACCAGAUUGAGACCCUCCUCACCCCUGAAGGCUCAAAGAAGAACCCAGCUCGCACUUGCCGUGACUUGAGACUCAGCCACCCCGAGUGGAGCAGUGGUUACUACUGGAUUGAUCCCAACCAAGGCUGCACUAUGGAUGCUAUCAAAGUGUACUGUGACUUCUCUACUGGUGAAACUUGCAUCCGGGCCCAGCCUGAAAGCAUCCCAGUCAAGAACUGGUUCCAGAACUCUAAGGUCAAGAAGCACGUCUGGGUGGGAGAAACGAUCAACGGGGGUAGCCAGAUUGAAUAUAACGAAGAAGGAAUAAGCUCCAAAGAGAUGGCUACACAACUGGCCUUCAUGCGCCUGCUAGCCAACCAUGCUUCGCAAAACAUCACCUACCACUGCAAGAACAGCAUCGCAUACAUGGAUGAGGAGACUGGCAACCUGAAAAAGGCCCUCAUUCUUCAGGGUUCUAAUGAUGUUGAACUUGUGGCUGAGGGAAACAGCAGGUUCACUUACACUGUUCUUGCAGAUGGCUGCUCCAGAAAGACAAAUGAAUGGGGAAAGACAAUCAUCGAAUAUAAAACAAAUAAGCCAUCUCGCCUGCCCAUCCUUGACAUUGCACCUUUGGACAUCGGUGGCGCUGACCAAGAACUCAUUGUGGACAUAGGCCCAGCCUGUUUCAAAUAAAUGAACUCGAACUAAAUUAAACAACAACAACAAAAAUCGGGGGAAAAAAUCCUUUCUCUCUUUGCCAUUUCUUCUUUUUAACUGAAAGCUGAAUCCUUCCAUUUCUUCUGCACAUCUUCUUAUCUUCUUGCUUAAAUUGUGGGCACAAAGAGAAGAAGGAUUGAUCAGAGCAUUGUGCAAUAUGAUUUAGUAAAUUUCCUCCCCCUGCCCCCUCCCCAAAUGAUUUGGAAAUUUUUCAACAUUCUUUGUAAGAAAACCAAAAUGAACAUUUUUUAAAUCAAAUAAAAACCAUGAACAUUGCACCACUUGUGGCUUCUGAAUAUCUUCCACAGAGGGAAGUUUAAAACCCAAACUUCCAAAGGUUUAAACUACCUCAAAACACUUUUCCUGCAAGUGUGAUCCACAUCAUUAGGUGCUGAUCUAGACAGAGACGAACAGAGGUACUUGUUUUAUUUUGUUCAUAAAGCAAAGGUGCUAAUUAAUAGUAUUUCAGAUACUUGAAGAAUGUUGGUGGUGCUAGAAGAAUCGGAGAGGAAAUAUUCUCUGCGUUGAGUUGUAUCAUUGUUGUAUUUUUCCCAUUUGAUUUGGCAUCAAUGUUAUCCAUCUUCUCCCCAAUGAAAAGUAUGUGGAUCCUUUGCCCAACGUCGUCCUCUUCUUUAAAUCCAGCAUUUGUUCUUUUGCCAAUCUCAUUCUCCUCUUCUCCCAUGGUCCCAAACAAGCAAAAAAAAAAACUGUACCUAUUUUGUAUAUGUGAGAUGUUUAAAUAAAUUGUGGAAAAAAUGAAAUAAAGCAUGUCUGGCUUUCCAAAA